CAUUAAUGGAAGAUGAGUUAGACGCGGUGAAUAGGCCAAAAGAGCAGGAAAGGAACUUCUUUCUAUAUAAAUUAUAAAAAACAGCUUCAAGAAAAAGAAAAGAAAGUUUCAAUUUUGGUAUGCUGGCAUUUGUUUUCCCAAACAUUUGAGGAGGAGAAAGUGAGGAAAAAUCUGAAGAGGGUGUUGGAGAGAUGGGGAAGGAGAGCAAUAGAGAAGAGGGGCAUGGCCAUCCAUUACUGAGAGGUGGAUGGAGGAAAGGCAGUUACAGCCAUGGCUUCUCUUCGUCUCAGAUUCAGGCACUGGCUUCCAUCUGUGAGACUCUCAUUCCUCCUCUGCAUUUGGAAUCCAUCAGCAAAGAAAACCCACCAGAGGCCCUUUAUUCCUUCUACAAAGCUUCUGGGUCUCAGUUUCCAGUCCCGGAUGAGGCUGCAGAGCUUUUGAAGAAGAGGGGUUUGCCAGAAGGUGUGAUGUUAGUGAGCAUAGUGCUGAAGAUUCUCUCAACCAGAUUGGGGACAUUGUUGCUUUGUGGGUUUCUUUGUUUGGGUUGGAAAUGGCCAUUCAUUCUCAAGUUCUCUGAAAUUUCCUUGGAGAAGAGAGAACAAGUUCUCAAGAAUUGGUCACGCCAAAGGUUUCUGUUUCCCUUAAGAUUAUUCUUUGCGAUAAUGAAAAUCUUCUGUUUCUUCAUCUUCUUCUCUCGGACUGAUGAUAAUUUGGAAAACCCUGCAUGGGAUGCAAUCGGAUACCAUGUGGAGACCAAAGAAUAUGUAAAGAAACCUCCAAAGGAGAGGCCUAUUCGGAAGGGGAUUGUAGAAACUAUGUAUGAAAAUGACUCUACCCUGGUCCAAUCCCUCUCCCAGAGAGGUAUCAAAGUUAUAGAAGAUCAAAAAAAUAUCUGCAAGAUCAAAUGUGAUGUUGUAAUCAUUGGCUCUGGUUGCGGGGGAGGAGUUACUGCUGCUGUUCUCGCAAGCUCUGGCUAUAAAGUUCUCAUCCUUGAGAAAGGGAACUAUUUUGAACCAGAAGAUUAUUCGUCUCUGGAAGGCCCCUCCAUGAGUGAGCAAUACGAAUCAGGCGGGGUUAUGUCAACUAUUGAUGCAAAAGUGAUGAUCUUGGCAGGAUCAACAGUGGGUGGAGGCUCUGCUGUAAACUGGUCUGCAGCCAUUAAAACACCAAAUUCCAUUCUCAGGGAGUGGUCAACAGAUCAUAAGCUCCCUCUUUUUGGGAGCUCUGAAUACCUAUCUGCCAUGGACACUGUGUGGAAGAGGAUUGGUGUGACAGAGAAGUGUACAGAGGAAGGGUUUCAGAACCAGGUUCUGAGAAAAGGGUGUGAAAAUCUUGGCUUGGACGUUGAAUCAAUUCCAAGGAAUUCCUCGGAGAAUCAUUACUGUGGUUCUUGUGCUUAUGGUUGUACGAGAGGAGACAAACAAGGGACUCAGUCUACUUGGCUGGUUGAUGCCGUGGGCUGCGGUGCAGUGAUCUUAACAGGAUGCAAAGCUGAGAAACUCAUCUUUAAGGAGAAAAAGAAUGGUAGAAAAAGAAGGAAAUGCUCAGGAGUGAUUGUAGCAUCUUCUAGCAAGAAUGUCACAAAGAAACUGCAAAUUGAAGCUAGAGUAACUGUUUCAGCUUGUGGAUCUCUAUUAACACCCCCUCUACUUCUCUCCAGCGGACUGGAGAAUCCACACAUCGGCAAGAACCUUCAUCUCCACCCUGUACUAAUGGUUUGGGGAUACUUCCCAGAGUCCCAAUCAGGAAUCAAAGGCAAAUGUUUUGAGGGAGGACUCCUUACUUCACUCCACAAGGUGGUUUCAGAGGAAUCCAGAGUACAGGCAAUAGUAGAACCUACUGCACUGGGACCUGCCUCAUUUGCUGCAAUACAUCCCUGGGUUUCAGGACUUGACAUGAAGGAAAGAAUGGUGAAGUACUCCAGAACUGCUACACUUUUUGCGUUGGCUAGAGAUAAGGGUGCAGGAGAAGUAAAGGUGGAACGCAGGAUAAAAUAUCGGUUACAUCCAGCUGAUAAAGAAAAUCUCAGGGUGGGGCUGAGGCAGGCUUUGAGGAUUUUGAUAGCGGCAGGAGCUGUUGAAGUGGGCACCUACAGGAGUGAUGGACAGAGUAUCAAAUGUAAAGGGGUUAAAGAAGAGGCUGUGGAGGAGUUUUUGGAUGGGGUAGUGGCUGGAGGAGGGCCGUGCUCGCGGGGAGACCACUGGACCUUGUAUUGUUCUGCCCAUCAGAUGGGAAGUUGCAGGAUGGGUGCUACAGAGGAAGAAGGUGCAGUUGAUGAAAAUGGGGAAACUUGGGAGGCAAAGGGCCUAUUUGUAUGUGAUGGAAGUGUUCUUCCUAGUGCAGUUGGGAUCAAUCCAAUGAUUACCAUCCAGACAACUGCUUAUUGCAUCUCAAAGAGGAUUGCAGAGUCCUUGAAGAAACAAGAAUUUCUGGCAGACUGACUGACUGACUGAUUGAUUUCAUCCCUUCUUUUGUCUGCCCUUCUUUGUCCUCUUUUAAGGGUUCUUGAUUGUAAUAAGCUGAUUGCAUUAUCUUAAGAAGUAAGGUAAAAUAAAGGAGAAGCCUAAGAAUAAGCUAGUUGGGAAAAGAUUGUUCUGCAACUUUAUGUAUCACUGGUGUCAAUAAUCAUAAAUUCUAUGCAACUUUUUAGAGUUUUUGAGCA